CUAUUCUUCUCUUCUCUCUCUCUCUCUCUCUUUAUUACUCAUCGACGGAGAAAAUGUAUUGACGUGUUCCAACAUUCAGUCUGUUAUUACGCGAUUGUACCGCAUAGGAGAAACUUAAACGAAAUAACGAAACUACUGUAUUAUUUAUAACGGUCGAACAAUAUGUCUCAACAAUAUUAUCCAUUCAAAUGUACACCAACUGUAUAUCCUGCGGAUCCGUUUGAUGCUAAUGCGGAUGCGGCUGUGCUUAGAAAAGCGAUGAAAGGUUUUGGAACGGAUGAGAGAGCUAUCAUUGAUGUAUUAACCAGAAGAGGAAUAGUCCAACGUUUAGAAAUUGCUGAAGCUUAUAAAACUUUAUAUGGAAAAGAUCUAAUAAGUGACCUUAAAAGUGAGCUUACAGGGAAAUUAGAAGAUGUUAUAGUUGCCCUUAUGACGCCUUUGCCGCAUUAUUAUGCUAAAGAAUUGCAUAAUGCAGUAAGUGGAUUAGGAACAGACGAAGAAGCUAUUGUAGAAGUUCUUUGCACGCUUAGUAAUUAUGGUAUUCGCACUGUCGCUGCAUUUUAUGAGAAUUUAUACAGUAAAACUUUGGAAAACGACUUAAAGGGAGAUACUUCAGGUCAUUUCAAAAGAUUGUUAGUAUCUCUUGUUCAGGCUAACAGGGAUGAAAAUCAAGGAAUAGAUCACGAUCAAGCGGUUGCUGAUGCUCAAGCACUUUAUGAAGCUGGUGAAAAGCAAUGGGGUACCGACGAAUCUCAAUUUAAUGCUAUAUUAAUUACACGAAGUUAUCAACAAUUAAGACAAACCUUCUUAGAAUAUGAAAAAAUUGCUGGACAUGACAUAGAAGUUGCCAUCAAAAAGGAAUUUUCUGGAAGCAUCGAAAAAGGCCUGUUAGGAAUAGUGAAAUGUGUUAAAUCGAAGGUAGGUUUCUUUGCUGAACGUUUAUAUGACAGCAUGCAUGGAAUUGGAACAAAAGAUAAAACUUUGAUUCGCAUUAUUGUAUCAAGAAGUGAAAUAGAUUUAGGUGAUAUUAAAAAAGCUUUCGAAGAACGUUAUGGUAAAAGUUUGGAAAGUUGGAUCGCUGAUGAUACAUCUGGUGACUACAAAAAAGCUCUUUUGUCUUUAGUUUCUACUUAAUUCUAAUUAAAUAACAUUCAAUGUAUUAAGAUUAUAAAGAAUAUAAGUAAACUUUUGCAGUUUAUAAUAAUAUCAGCAUGAUAUUCAAUAUUAUCUAAUAUUAAAAUUAUAUAAGUCAUUUUUUUAGAAUCUCAAUAUUUCUCGAAGUAUAAAGUUUUAUCGUUAUGAGAGUUUGGAUGUUUAGCACAAGGUAAAAGAUUCUUUCGUAUGUCCAAAAGUUUAAUUAUACGUAUAAAUAUAUAUUUUUUACACA